GCGAGCUUAAGCGCCGGGCGUCGGGGGAGGAGGGAGCGCCGGGCCGCUGCCUCCACCACUGCAGCUGCGGCCCCUGAGGUCGCUGCAGCAGCCCGGACCCCGCAGCCUCCGCUCGGUCGGCGUAGCGCCACGUCCUCUCUGCAACGCCGAGCCCGAACCCGACCCCCUGCCCGGCAGAAUGGCUGGAGCGCCUCCAAGUUACUGUUUCGUGGCCUUCCCACCACGCACCAAGGAUGGGCUGGUGGUCUUUGGGAAGAACUCGGCACGACCCAGAGACGAAGUGCAGGAGGUGGUGUAUUUCUCAGCUGCUGAACAUGAACCUGGGAGCAAGGUUGAGUGCACCUACAUUUCAAUCGACCAAGUCCCGAGGACACAUGCCAUAAUGAUAAGCAAACCUGCUUGGCUUUGGGGGGCCGAGAUGGGGGCCAAUGAGCAUGGAGUGUGCAUCGCCAAUGAAGCCAUCAGUACCAAGGAGGCAGCUGCUGAGACGGAAGGCUUGCUGGGGAUGGACCUGGUCAGGCUUGGUCUGGAGAGAGCCACGACAGCUAAGGGAGCCUUGGAGGUCAUCGUCACCUUGUUGCAAGAGCACGGCCAAGGUGGAAAUUACUAUGAAGAUGCCAGCUCCUGCCACAGCUUCCAGAGUGCAUACCUGCUGGUGGAUCAGAGUGAGGCCUGGGUGCUCGAGACCGUUGGGAAGUACUGGGCUGCUGAGAAAGUGACAGAGGGAGUAAAGUGCAUUUCCAAUCAGCUUUCGCUCACCACCAAGGUGGAUGAGGAGCACCCAGAGCUCCGGAGUUAUGCCCAGAGCCAAGGCUGGUGGACAGGAGAGGACGAGUUCAAUUUCUCCCGAGUUUUCUCCCCAGCUGAUGAUCACCUGGACUGCUGUGCAGGCAGAGACAGCCUUGAGAAGCAAGAAGAAAGCAUCACUGUCCAGACAAUGAUCAACGUCUUACGGGACAAAGCCAGUGGGGUCUGCGUAGACUCGGAGUCCUUCCUCACCACAGCCAGCAUGGCGUCAGUCCUGCCUCAAGAUAGAAGCCUGCCAUGCAUUCACUACUUCACGGGAACCCCAGACCCCUUCAGGUCCAUAUUCAAGCCUUUCAUCUUCGUGGAUGACGUGAAGCCUGUCCCCAAAACGCAGUCUCCCUGUUUUGGGGAUGAUGACCCUGCCCAAGAGGAGCCACGAGACCGCCGGCAUGAGCUGUACAAGGCCCACGAGUGGGCACGCGCUGUCCUCAACAGUGGCCAGGAGCAGGGGCAGCAGCUGCAGAGGACCAUGCUGGAGCUGGAGAAGCAAGGUCUGGAAGCCAUGGAGGAGCUCCUGAACAGCUCAGGCCCCCUGGACCCUGCCGAGGUGGGAGACCUGUUCUAUGACUGUGUCGACACGGAGAUCAAGUUCUUCAAGUGAAGGUAGUGGGCCCCUCCCCUCCUCUCUCAACACUUCCCACCGUACUAAGCGACCAGCGUCACACGCCCCCUCUGCUGCUGGAGGAGACGGAGGAGGUCGAGCUGUGGUCUCCCGUGCCGAAGCCAGAUGGAACUGUUCCUUCGUGUUCAGCCACGACCCUUCCGUUGUCCCCCUUCCUCUGCCAGGUCCCACACGUCCUGUCUGCCCGUCGUUAGGUUGUGUGAGUCACUGACUGCUAGCAUUGUUAUUUUGGUGACCACGGACUCAUUUGCUUUUCCUAAGAGCAGUGGAGUUCCAUCAUCCCCGGGCAGGGCUGGGGCUGGCCAGUGCAGCAGCCGUGCUGAGCCUCCCUCGUGGUCACGGUUCUUGCAGGUUCCCAAGAGGCAGCUCUCUGUGCAUCCAGAGUGCAGUCAAAGGAGAAGGGAGAGGCCCCAUGGCUCCGUUGCCUGGAGCGUGUGGCUGUAGCACUAGUGUCCCCAAGGGUACUGGGGGCUCCUCUCUGGUCCUAGCUCUCCCUCUGUCCCCAUGAUCUUGAAGAGAUGGGUUUCCAUUCUCUGUGCAUGGGAGCUGGUCAGCCAGCAGUUAGGUUUAGACAUGGCCAUGCCGGGGGCUUCCCUUAGACGUUCCAUGGCUGUCCCUGCCCAGCAGUGCACCUGGCACUUGGGUGCAGCCCUGGCAGACCCAGUUCCAGGUCGGGCCUCCAGCAUCUUGACUUGGACUCUUAACAGCCCCACAGUGCUGUGAGCCAUUCAGAAGGGCA